CGGGCCAUGAAGGCGACUACGAGUGUCUUGCUUUUCUUGGUGCUCUCCGCGUCCGUGCUCUCGGUUGCCCAAGCGGCCAGAAGCCGGACCGGCAGCCAGAACAGCUUCCGACGGGCGGCCAACGGCGUCUACCAGACGCUGAGCAACGUGUUCGGGGAGGAGAACAUCCGAGGCCUCUCCAAGUUCUUCUCCAAAGCAACAGAGCGCUUUGUUCAUGGCGUGGACUCCUUCAUUGACGCGGUCUGGAAGAUCUGGGCUGAUCUCCUCGAUGUGAUGGGAAUUGACUCGUCCAACCUGAGCCACUACUUUAGUCCGGCGACCGUGAGCGGCAACCCGGCUCGCAUCCUGCCCCUGGUGGCCGGUGUUCUGGCAGCCCUGUGGAUCCUGUCAGUGUUGCUGGGUGCCAUGUUCUACGUGCUGCACGCCGUAUUCGGCCGCUUCUUCUGGCUGGCCCGUGUGGUUCUGCUGGCCCUGGCAUGCUUGUACGUGCUACAGAAGUUCGAGGGCGACCCCGAGCGCACUGUGCUGCUGCUGUGCGUCAUCAUGGUGCUGUACUUCAUGACGAGCCCCGUGGGAGUCUACUGGCGACGCGGGUCCGGCUCGCUGGAGGAGAAGAUCGACCACCUGGACACUCAGAUCCGCUUACUCAACAUCCGGCUGAGUCGGGUCAUCGACGGCCUGGAGCGUGUGGAAGAAUAGAAGCAGCAGCACUUCCUCGAUCGGUAUUUAUACGUCCGAAAAUUUUACCCGCUUGACAUUAUUUAUACGUCCGCGAAUUUUACCCGCUUGAAUUCGUAGUCUAUUGUCCUCAAGAAUUUCAAGCCUUUUUUGCAUGAGGCUCACUACCUUUUGAGUUGAUUACAGUGGUACCUUAAAGGUCCAAACAUAUAGACUGUACAAGACUGGUUGAAAGUGACAUUUUAACAUUUAACUCUCAUACAUGUGUAAAAAGAAGUCUUUGUAAUUGGUUCUCAUAUUAGCCUUGUUCGCAAUUUUAAUCUUAGCAUUCAAUCAGGAAUCACAAAUCUGAGGUCUCAAUUAACCUGGAAGCCUCAUGCUGGCUGCUGCCAAGUACAUGAGGUGACUCGGUGGACUCACCAGAAAAGUUCACAUAUUCGCAAAGAGGGCAAACGCAAAUGAUGCAAAUAUACACCUAUAUACACAAAUGACAAAUGGAAAACUGCAGACUCGAGUGAUUCAGUUGUAUUGGUUAACUAACGCAAGACAGCAGACUAACAAAAAGACCACAAACUUAGAUGAUUCGGUUGUACCAAUUUACUGACUUGAUUUUGCAAACUCACUGCAGUUUCAGAUGAUUUGGCUGCAUUUGUUCACUGACUGGCGUUUGAAGCAGCCAAGAACACUGACCCAAGUGACUGUAUGUGACCCCAUAGUCCAUAAACAGAAACAAGUUUACCACAGCAACGUAACACGGAUGGACUCAAAUGCUCAAUACAGACUCAGAAGGUCAAUCCCGACUCAGGCUAAGAGUCCGACUAAGAUAUAAGCAGUAACAGCGAUCCCCAUGACUACUGACCAUCAUCUCCAACCUGGACACUGAAACAAACAAAAGUACUUUAUAUGCUAACUUCAGAUAUUCUUUUCUUCUCACCUUCUUGUCUAAAAACCCACAGAAGAGACAGAAAGUUAAUCCUUUGAUGGUCGUCGCACAUUAUGACGUACAAAAUUUAAGGUAAAUUUUUCCCGACAACUUCCAACUUGGACGUUGAAGGUACCACUGUAUGUUAUUCCACACACAAAAAAAGCUGUUGAAAAUGAUCAAGUGGGCGUACAACACCGGGGCCAAUAUGUAUAUUUUAUUCCAUGUAAAAAAUGAAAACUGACCUGUUUUCUGUUUUCCAUCCACACUGUCAAAAAGUUGUGCUCAUUCGCUACGUAAAUGAGCAAAUUUAUUGGGACACACAGAAAGUUGUCCCAAAGAAAGAUGUCUUGUGAAUAUUUUAGUCCACACAGUGUGUAUGCAUAUUUACAUGAUUUGUUUCUACAGGAAUGUUUCCUCAUCAUGGAUACAGAAUAAUCUCAGGGACUAAUUGGAUAAAUAUUUCAAGUAUGAACUUUUUUUCUGCAGUCAUCAAAUGAUCCUGUUUAUGGUUUUACUUAUUUUAAAUGGACUGUCACGUUUCCCCCGGCCAGUUUGGGAAAUCGCUUGGACGCACAAUCUGGACUCGAGACGUCAUUUUGUACAUAAUUAUAAUGCCACACAAAGGCCAUAGUAUCAACUAAUGGCAAUCCGAGUGGUCUUUACAAACAUUGCAAAUAAUUCAGAACUGCAUGUCGUAAAUUACUUUAAAUUGUCCAAAUUAAAAAACUUGAAUAAUAAGUCAUACGUACAGUAUAUUCUAUUACCAUAAUCAAUGAGCAAAAGCAGUUUCUUGCACUAAUUACUGCACUUCAGUCAAUAUUACAACCUGUUAAUUUUUGCUUCUGUGAUAUGAAGGAAGAAAUGUUUAUAAAAAUAUUACAUGUUUUAUUCCAGGGUUGCGGCCAGUUUUUAUAGUUCUCUGAGGGCCAUACAAAAUGUAUUUAGUAUGAGCGACAUUUUUAUUAUACAUUUUUGGGCUUUUAAAAAUAUUUUUAUUUGAAGAAUUGCAUGGCAAACCUCGUGGCCCACAGGCCAAAGGUUACCCACUCGUUUUAGUCAUAUGUGAGUAAAGUUAAUUUCGUAGCAGGUGAGUUGUGGAUGUUUUACGACUAACGGCAUGUGUUUUGUAUGAAAAUGGAUUUAUUUACAAGUCAGUGUGGAGAAGGUUUUUCAGACUAACGAUAGAUUUGAGUAGUGCUACACUGGAAAAGGGUAAAGUUUACAAAAAAGGUCUUAUGCAUUUGUGGGAUUUUACACUUAAAUUCAAAUGAAACUAAUUUUACAACUGAACUGAAAAAUCUAAUUGUAUCCUCACUGUUUUUAUUUCCAUAUACAGCCUUUUUCUGUUAUGUGCCAACUUGAAUCAAUGUCAUUUUCAAAUUUUGAGCCUCCCCCCUUUUUUUUUUUUCAUAUGUAUUUUAGAAUAGGCCACGUGGAACUGUGAUUUUGUGUGUGUGUGUUUAAGUUUAUAUGCAAACAUGUCCAUGGGUAGUAAUUGAAUCGUUUGUUGUGUGCGUGUCCAAUUGCAAAUGACUUCCACAUUUAAAUGAAUAAAAAAUACAAAUAGGAA